UCCAUUUAGUGCCUUUGCUCCAUCUUUAGCCAUGACCUUCCCUGGAGAGACGAACUGGUCCUUAUUCACCUUACUGGACAAACACCGACUUUCACUCAGGGAAGCAGCUGGUGUACCACUUGGAAGCAGGCAUGGUCCCUUUGUGGCCAGCCAGAGCUGUGAGAUCUCUAGCACUGAUGUUCUUAGAGCAAUUGAAAAUGUUAUUGAAGAUGUUAUCACAAGUCUAUCCAGAAAUGAAGCACCCGUUCUCAUAUUAAAUAACAGAUCUAAUUGGGGAAAUAUACAGUUUACAGAUUCUGUAGGUUUGCAGAUGACAUCUAAUUGUACCACAAGGAAAAUAAGAAGUGACUGUCCCAAAUCAGCACCAAAAUUUGCUCUAUUUCUUAAAAUAUUAUCUAUUAUCUACAAGAUGGUACAGACAAACAUUUAUGCAACAAAAAGAGAUAUAUUUUACACUGAUACAGCACAUUUUGGUAACCAAAGAGUGGUAGACGACAUUACCAAUGACAUUUCCUGCAUGCUCAAGAUCCCAAGAAGAAGUCUGCAUAUUCUAUCUACCAGCAAAGGUUGCAUUGCUGGUAAUCUAAGUUAUGUUGAAGAAGAUGGUACAAAAGUGAAUUGUACCUGCAGUACAACAGUAGCCGUACCAUCUAAUGUAGAAGGAAUGAGAAAUUUGAUCACAGAAGCAAAAUUUAUUCUAAUUGUUGAAAAAGAUGCAACUUUUCAGAGACUGCUGGAUGACAAUUUCUGCAGUAAAAUGUCCCCAUGCAUAAUAAUUACGGGAAAAGGUGUGCCGGAUGUCAACACAAGGCUUCUAGUCAGAAAGUUAUGGGAUACAUGCCAUGUGCCUAUCUUUGCUCUCAUGGAUGGUGAUCCACAUGGUAUUGAAAUAAUGUGUAUCUACAAGUAUGGUUCUGUGUCUAUGUCAUUUGAAGCCCAUCGCCUCACAGUUCCUGCUAUAAGAUGGCUUGGCCUUCUUCCAUCCGAUUUUGACCGACUGAGUAUACCCAAGACUGCAUUGAUUCCAUUGACUAAACAAGAUCAAAGUAAACUGGACAGUUUGAAUGCAAGACCUUAUAUUGCUUAUCAAUCAACAUGGAAAAAAGAACUAGAUAUUAUGGCAACAUGCAAAAUGAAGGCUGAAAUUCAAGCAUUGACGUAUUUUUCAUCCGAUUAUCUUUCCAGAGUGUAUUUGCCAAAUAAAUUGCAGUUCGGUGGGUGGAUAUGAAUAUUCAGUCAACUGUUAAAACAUUUCAUGCAUCACUAAACAAGUUUCAUGCAAUCCUAAUUGAAAAGCUGCAGAAUUUUUUUAUAGUUUGGGGUGCAUU